AUGCCGACGCACAUGUUGCUCCGUUCGCUCUUCGUCGCCACAAUAUCGUCUAACAAGUUCCUUCUGAUACCAUCACUCAACCUGCUCUCCUUCUUCUCGAAACCGAAUCGAAGCCUGUUGUUCAAUAUAGAUCGAAACCCUGUAUUGAAGGCUAUUUUGAAGAGAACCCUAUAUAAUCAGUUUUGCGCCGGAGAAACACAACAAGAGACGCGAGCUUGUGUAAAGCAGCUGAAGGAUUUGGGAUUCAAAGGGGUGAUCUUGACGUAUGCGAAGGAGAUGGUGUUUGAUCACAAAACCAAGUCUGCAAACCAUCAUACCUCGGAUAGCUUUGUCGAUGAAAAGACUAGUAUAGCGCAUGAUGCAGACGUCGAGGCAUGGAGGGUAGGCACACUAGGAACACUUGAUCUCAUCUCCGAGGGAGACAUCUUAGCUCUGAAAACGACAGGCGGUGGUCCAGCCGUCUCAUCAGCAUUCAGUAAAGGCGAGCUUCCAUCCCAGCAGAUGCUUGACGCCCUGGAUGAGAUAGCGACCCAAUGUAAAGCACGCAAUGUCCAGAUUAUCAUCGACGCUGAGUCUCAGCACUGGCAAGCGGGCAUCGCUCGCACGACACUCGAACUAAUGCGCAAGUUCAACCGCAAUGGUAAAGCUGUCAUCUACAACACAUAUCAAGCCUACCUCAAAAACACUCCCACAGUUCUCGCACACCAUAUGGCCGAGGCAGAAAUACACGGGUUUACUCUUGGUCUCAAGCUCGUGCGUGGUGCAUACAUCCUCUCCGACAACCGCUCCUUGAUCCAUGACACCAAAGAAGAUACAGAUAAUGCCUACAAUACGAUAGCACAGGGUGCGCUUCGUCAGCAGAUCGGCAGCUUUGGGGCAUCUGGACCAUCUGCCCGCCGGUUCCCUUCUGUGAACCUCUUCCUCGCUUCUCACAACCGCGAAAGCGUGCUCUCGGCCCACAAGCUCCACCGACAGCGCUCGGAAGCCGGUCUGCCUACUGUUCCCGUCGCUUACGGACAGCUUCACGGCAUGUCAGAUGAAGUCAGCUUUUCCUUGUUAGCGGAGAAGGGGGCAGGUGGCAAGAAGCCUGAGGUGUUGAAAUGCACUACUUGGGGUAGUAUGGGCAAUCUCGGCACCUCCAUCCUCCAAAGCCUCUUGAACGCCCCUCCAGACUCCUUCUGCGGCAUCACCCAAUUCAUCGCUUGCGUGUCAAGCGAAUCCUCCGAAAGACGCCUCAAAUCCGUUUUCCCGCGGUACGAAAACGUGCAAAUCGCGCGAGACGACAACGUAUCCGCCGUCAAGAGCUCGCACGUGAUCAUCCUGGGCGUCGACCCGUCCCAAGUAGAAGCCACAUUAAGCGAUAUCGCGAUUAUAGAGGCAUUACGGGGGAAACUGCUCAUCAGCAUAGUAGCAGGCUGGACGCGCGAUGCAAUUGAAAGACUCAUUGAUGCGGAGUGGGAGGUUUGGGAGGGUAUUCGGGAUCAAGAUACGAGAGGAGCUUGGGUUCUACGUACACUACCGAAUGUGGCGGCGCUUGUCUCGCAGUCUUUGACUGCUAUUGAAGAUCAUCCUUCACCCACCUUCCCACCUCAUUUCAAAGAUAUAGCAACAGCUGUCUUCACGCAAAUCGGCAAACCCAUGUCCAUACCAGCCGCCCUCAUGCCCGCCACAACAGCCGUCUCAGGUUCCACACCCGCAUUCUGGGCCAUCAUCGUCGACAGCCUCAUCGACGCUGCCGUUGCUGUUGGGUUACCCCGCAAAGUAGCUCAGGAGCAGAUCUACCAGAGUAUGAGGGGCAGUGCGGAGAUGCUUCAGAGUGGGAUACAGCCGGGCGAGCUGAGGGAUAUGGGAACGAGUCCGGAGGGGUGUACGAUUGCGGGGGUUAUGGUGCUGGAGGAAGGUGGAGUGAGGGGUGUGUUGGGGAAGGCGUUGAGGGAAAGCGUUACGGUUGCUAGGGCUAUGGGGAAAGCUGGGGAGAAGGGUGGGGAGGAGGUGCACGUUAAUGAUACUAGGAAGAUCUGGUGA